GAAAAAAGUGAAACUUCUUUUUUGUUUAGGUACUAAUUUGGGACCCAUGUUAUAAAAAGCUCCUCUUUUUUAUAAGUUCCCAACAAAAUAAAGACUUUAAAUGACUUCCGAAUUUUCUAAUUUGAGUAUAGCUAUUGCACUAUUUACAUCUUUUAUCUUAGCAUAUAUUGUUUACCGGAUAUUUUUAUUUUUAACAUCUUGGGAAAACGNAAAAAUUGUCAAUACCGAGAUACGCAGUUAUUCACCAAAUAAAAAAAAGAGGAAGCGAAAUAAGAAGAAAAUCACAGAAAAUCCUACACCUGUGAGUUCAGUUCCAGAUCAUACUAAACAGAGUCCUGAUAAUGCAAAACCUCCAAAUACAAAAGGUUCCAACAAUUCAAACAAUGUUGUACAGAGAAAGAAGAAUAUAAAAUCUUUCAGUAGGCAGAAUUCAAAAUCAAAAUCAGACGCAAAGACAAGUAACAUAGCAUCAACAUCUCAUGCUCAACCAUCACCAUCCCAGAAAAGCAACCCAAAUCCUCUUUUAUGUAAUAUUGAAUCCAAAAGUGAAAACCUUGAUAAAGAUGGUUUUGAACUUGUAAAAAAGAAUUCCCGACCAAGAAAAUAUAGCCUUUCAUCUCAAAAGUUUGUUACGUCUACCCCUGUUGAAAAACAAAGAAAUAGUGGCAGUUUACGACGCAUCAAACCAACAGUUCAAGCAACCAGUAAACAACCUUCAGUUUUGGACCAAAAUCGAUUUCAACUAUUGGCUGACACUCACACCAAAGAAAAUUAUUCCUCAAGUACCAGAAGUCUGGACAGUUUUUUUCCUCGUCAAUCCAGGUUUCAUGCAAAGCCAGAACCUAAAAAUACAGUUCCAACCAAGUCUGGUAUAAAUGAAUUACCACCUGCUGCUCCGGAUCCACCAGAUGGUGCUUUCUUCGUUGAAAAACUCAUUGGUCCAAAAGGUGAUACAUUGGUUGGGAACUUGUUUACAUUCCAAGUUCUUCCUAAUACAGUUUCUACAGAGACAUUGUUUAUGAUAUGGUGCUGGUAUGACCAUCAGAAAUCAAAAAAAGGCAACAUAACAAUAUCACCAGUGGUCCAAUGUCAUCCAAAAAGUGUAAAGUUUCCCAAACCAGUAAAAGUUACAUUAAACACUUCAUACUCAGCCCUAGAUCAUGAACCUGUUCAAAUAAAGAUUUUGAGAAGUAAUAAUUACAAAACAUGGAGUGAACACACUAUAGCAAGACAUGGUAACAGUCACAAAAUAACAUUUGAGUGUUCUCAGUUGGGAAGAUUUAAAGCAAUAGUUGAAACACAUGAGCAAAACCAGCUACAAAAAGUGCUGUGUUCCACUGGCUUUAUAAAGCGAACACCUGGUGAUGUAAUCCCAUCAAGUUUUCAACUAACAUGGUGUGUCUAUGAUGAUGAUAAAGUCUUGAGAGAAAAUAUGGAACGAGAAUUCCCAUCUUGCCCCAGGAAUUCAUACGCUGUGUAUGAAAAAGUGAUUGAGACCGAACACUUUCAUGUUGGGUAUAACGACAGUGCUACUUUAAGUCUCUCUCACAAUGCUCUUAACAUACAUGCAAGCGGUAUUCAACUAACGCACAAAGAUCUGUGGCGCUCCAAGGUCAAUCGCAAGCUUAACUUCCAUCUAAAUAAAGCUGAUACAGACAAAAGUUUAAGUUACAUAGUUGAAUAUACAAUAAAAACAUCCAACUCUACACGCAGCAACCAAGAACCUACGUUUGAAAAUUCCUUUAAGCUUGAUUGGGUGUGUUUACCACCUGGCUUGUUAUGUGAUUCUUCAACUUAUAUUAACAUGCUUAGUGUAAAUUCAAGCGGAGAUUCUACAGGGUUUGCAAUGAAUUCUACUCCUAAUAAGACGCAGCAAAAUGAGGACCAUUCAUCUCCUAAAAAGCCUCAUAGUCAACUUAAGAAAAGCCACACUGAUAGCGAUUUAGUACAGCACCCUCCUAAUUUCCAACACCAAAAAUCAGUUCCUCCAGUGAACACAAGUAGUGGCAGGUUUAAGACGCCACCACAGUCCCCAAAUUGUGAAUCUUCAUAUAAUAAAGAUGAAUCUCCAUGUUCCAGUAAUAACUCUUUAGCUUCAAAUAAAUCUUCAGCUUUUGAAAAAUUGAAAACACGGACAAGUAAAUCAUUCAAAAAAUGGACAAGUAAAUCAAAAAACAAAGAAAAUAAAGGAAGCAAAAAAUAGAUUUAUUUUAUUUGGUAAUCUUAUAUGAACAACCAAAUGUUCCAAGCAUGUAUUGUUGAAAAAGUCUUGAAGACCAAAUUUUACUUGUGCCUUUACUUUCAAAUCGUAUCAAAGUGCCAAUGGUUUCACUUUUAUAACCCAUCAUUUUAAAUCAUGUAAAAUAUUUUUUUUAAUUUUUACUAGGUUAAAAACCUAACUGUAAUUUUUACUAAGUUAAAAACUUACUUUCAAAAUUUUAGCAAAAUUUAAACCAAAUUUUUACAUUUAUAUAAACUUAGUUUUGUAAAUGUGUGUUCCACUUUCAAUGCACUUACACUGUACAGUUCAAUUGCCAUGUUUUUUAAAUUUCAUAUUUCCUACGGUUUUCAAAACUCUUUGUAUAUGGUAAUUGCUUACUUAUUUAUUCAAU